AUGGCUGCCUUCAACUCAAACAUGGUUCUAGAUGAGGAGAAAUCUGCCGACAACAAGGCACAAGAACCUGACUUGACCAAAGUCGAGACAUGCGGCGUUGGUCAGCAGUUUAUUGUGCAUGAACAUGCCGGCACAAGACGAAAAAUCAAAUCUCGACAUGCUCAAAUGAUCGCUAUUGGAGGCACUAUCGGGACAGGUCUCUUUGUCGGCUCAGGACAAGCUCUCGCAAUCGGUGGACCUGCGUUCCUAUUCGUUUGUUACUGUCUCACAUCGCUACUUGUGUACGGCGUCGUCACAGCGGUCGUGGAAGUCGCGACCUAUCUACCACUCUCAGGAGCCUCAAUGGCAUACUAUUGCAACCGAUAUGUCUCUUCGUCUCUCGGUUUCGCCUUGGGCUGGCUGUACUUCUAUUCCUUUGGUAUCCUAGUCGCCUAUGAGAUCACCGCUGCCAGUAUCGUCAUCAACUUCUGGCCAAGCACGAUACACAUAGCAGUUUGGAUCACAGUUAUGCUGUUUGUCAUCAUCGCCCUCAAUCUCUGUCCUGUCGGUGUCUUUGCCGAGACAGAAUUCUGGUUCGCAGGAGUCAAGGUCAUCAUGAUAAUCGGCUUGCUUAUUCUUGCAUUUAUCCUCAUGGUCGGCGGAGGGCCUGAUCACCAUCGUCUCGGUUUCCAGUACUGGAACGAUCCCGGUGCAGUCAAGGCUUAUAUUGUCGAGGGUACUGGUGGACAGUUUACAGCCUUUCUUUACGUCUGGGUCUUCUCUGGCUUCUCCUUUUACUUUGGACCUGAGUUGAUUGUUUAUACCUCCGGCGAAAUGAUCAAUCCACGCAAAAACCUCCCAACUGCAGCUCGAAGAUUUUUCUACCGACUUGUCGUCUUCUAUGCCUUGGGAGCUUUGGCUAUUGGAGCCAUAUGCAACUCGGAAGACCCGACUCUGACAUCCGGCACUGGCGAUGCGAAUGCGUCACCAUGGGUUAUCGCCAUCAGAAACGCUGGCAUCACGGCCUUACCAUCCAUUAUCAAUGGGGGCAUCCUCAUCAGUGCCUGGUCUGCAGGCAAUUCCUAUCUUUACAUGUCAAGUCGUUCUUUAUACUCCCUCGCAGUCUCUGGGAACGCACCGAAGAUUUUCACUCGAUGCCUGCAAAAUGGAUUGCCCAUAUAUGCUGUUCUUGCCAGCAGUCUGUUUGCAUUCCUAGCCUAUCUCAACUGCAGUUCCCAAGCUGGCGAGGUCUUCAACUGGUUUAUCAGUCUUACAAACACUGCCGGCUUUACUUCUUGGGCUGUCUGCUGUGUUAUCUUUCUGCGGUUUCGCAAAGGAUGUCUCACUCAAGGAGUCACUGUCCCGUACCGCUCACGAUUCCAGCCAUAUGCUGCUUACAUCUGUCUACCCAUUUUCAUUGUCCUCCUCCUUUGCAACGGCUUUACGGUCUUUUACCCGGGGCAGUUCACCGCGAGCGGAUUCUUGACGACAUACCUUGGCAUCCCAAUCUUCCUUAUCCUCUGGUUCGGCCACAAGAUGAUUGCAGCAAGGAAUGAACCUUGGAUCUACGAUGCUCAUUCGAUCGAUUUGAGAAGUGGUGUAGCGGAAGUCGAGGGUGAUAGUGCAGAGUGGACGAGGAUGGAAGAGAUGAAGCUAGACCAGGACAACACAACGGAUGGCAAAAGAUGGGUUCGGAAAUUGUCCGUUCUAUGGGGAUAG